CGCUGUCAAGAUCACCAAAAAUUGUAACCGUCGUUUUAGCUUGUGUUCGACUACUUUGCGUUCUUUCUAUAAAUUUGUCUUAAUUUUUCAUGAUUUCUUAACUAAAAUUGGUGUUAUUUUCACUAGUUUUUACGGCGAAUAAUAACUGGCAGUACACGAACAAUUUUAUUUUGAAAAUUUGUGUGAAACAUGGACUGCCAGCAGUAACCGCGAGUAUAUCGAAGUCAGUUGUGCGGCAAGAGAGUAAAAUAUUAGGAUGACUAUGGAACUGUCGAUUAUUGCUCAAUUCGAUGAGCUCCGACGAUGUUCGGACGUUCUGCGUGAAGGAACUGCUGAAAUGGAAUUUCUUAAGUUUGUACAACUUCAAGACGAAUGUCGGCUACAAUGGCUCAAAGCUGUACAAGAAGCUCAAAGAUUACAACGUGAACUUGAUACAGCUUUGCGGCAGAUGUCGGAUUUGGACACUAAACUGUUUCUGGCCCGUAAAUUGCUGGAUGAAGAAAGCAAAACCAGGAAGCGUGCCGAACAAGAACUGCAUGCGAUGGAGAAAAAAAUGGGAGCUGUGUAUGACAUCAUGAAAAACGAACAGGACAUUAAAGACGAAACCAGAGAAAGGCUUGCUUUUAUGAACGCAUAUUCCUACAAACGAAAAUCGGCACGCGACCGGGUUGAUAAACUAGGAAACGAUAUUAAUUCCACAGGUUCGUUUCUGUCGGAUCUAUCCUUAACACAGUCAGAAGAUGAUUUCGUGAGAACCAAUCAAAAUAACUCUUGGAGAAAGCAUCGACCGUCUUACACUGCUGCUGUUGGUGUCGGAAAUAAACGAACUCGUCUUAGCCAGGAUGCUUCCAGAAGAACAAGUACCACUGAAAGCAAGAAAGUUAUUGAACUUGGUCCGAACGAAAAGAUUGUGGCACACACAAAGGUGUCAGUCCCUCAAGACGAUGGCCCGAUUUUAGCGGAAUCCAUCAUUCAGGCGAUGCCUCCGCAGCAACAACGAACCAGUUCAUUAGAUGUCCAAUACGUACAGCCAAAGGCGACUCCAAAGAAGAAUACAGAAUCCAAGGAGAACAUUUCUCCUAAUCCUUUCAAAACACCAACGAAAACUGACUCGAAGUUCUCUAAGAACAUGUUCACACCAUCUGCUCCUCCGAUUGAAGAAGUAGAACCGACUUUCAACAAAAGCGCUAUGACUCCGACCGUCAAACGCAGCAUUAUGAGACAGCACGCAUUUGCUGGGAAAACAUUCCUCAAGUAUUCCGAGACCUGUACUCAAUGUCAACAAAGAAUACGUUUCGGAUCCGUUGGCUUACGAUGCCGAGAAUGCAAAGCCGUUGUUCACUCGGACUGCCGGGAUCGAUUGACGAUUGCUUGCGUUCCACAGAGCUCCGGUACACCAACAUUUAAAGGUCAGCAAGCGGGCAGUUUAUCGGACUAUACGCCUAAUGUUGGUCCGAUGAUACCGGGAUUGAUUGUGCAUUGUGUCAAUGAGAUCGAAACAAGAGGGCUAACAGAGGUGGGCAUUUACCGUGUAUCCGGAUCAGAACGGGAAGUUCGUACCCUGAAAGAAAAAUUCCUCCGUGGCAAAACAGUACCAAACCUGACCAGCAUCGACAUUCAUGUGCUUUGCGGAUGUAUCAAAGAUUUUCUGCGCUCGUUGCGAGAACCGCUCAUUCCGCAAGCUUUAUGGAUGGAUUUUUCGAAUGCGGUCCAGGCAAACUCAAGCAAGCAGAAGCAAAAGGAACUAUUCGAUGCGAUCGAUAGAUUGCCACAGCCUAAUAGGGAUACAUUGGCCUAUCUCAUACAGCAUUUCCAGCGAAUAGGCGAAUGUAAAGACAUCAAAAUGCCUUUAGAUAAUCUAGCUAAAGUGUUCGCGCCAACGAUCGUUGGUUAUUCGAAUGCCAAACUUGAUACUCACGUGGUGUAUGCCGAGACCGUAAUUCAGUGUAAUAUAAUGGAUAGUCUGCUGAACAUCCCGACCGACUAUUGGUCACAGUUUGUGAACGUAGAGGAAUCUGCACAGGAAGAGGAACAAAAACAGUACGCAGCAUUGGCAGCGAAAAACUACAUGGGUACGCCACUGCUGAAGAGUAGUAAAAGGGAGCGCAAAUUUUAUGCCACGCCGCCAUAUCCGUCCAAGAAGAAAUGAUGAUAAUUUCCGACUAUUGCCAGUACAAAAACAAACACCCUCUACGAGCAGUACUUAUAGGUUAAUGUUCUGUAAGUGAUAUUUUGUCUAUUUUAUUAUCUGUAUAUGGUAUAAAGCUGAAAAUAACAUAACGGAAAAUCAUACGCAUUUUACCCAACUAUUUUAGAAAUGCUGAAACUAACUUGUUGCUUUUGUUAUUGAAGAAGAAAAAUAAAUAAA